AUGCCCAAGAAGUUCAAGGGAGAGAACACGAAGGCGCAAGACGCUAAGGCGCGGAAGGCGGCUUCCAAGGAGGCGGCUGACGAGAAGAGGAAGCGGGAGGAAGAGGAUACCGCCUGGAGAGACGACGAUAAACAUGUCGCCAGGAAACAAGAUAGAAAAUCUCAUAAGGAGAGCAAGAGAGUGGAGCAGCUGGAGAAGAAACUGGCCAACCAGAAGUUGCUGGAGGAGGAGGAACAGACUCUGAAAGGAUCGGCCAAGGGAGGCGGAUCUUCCACUAAAGUCACUCGUGCACAGAUCCAGGAAAGCAAGGAGAGGGAGAAGGAGAAGCAGCCGGGAGAGGGAGCUAGCGGAGGAGGGUCUUCGAGAGGACUGGGUGAGCCUCAGCCUCUGGAACAGAAUCCCAACCUCCUGGAGCUAGAGAGACAGCGAUCGGGGGAGGUACAGGCCAGGACUGUCGACGAGGCCAUCGCCGUCCUCGGAGGAACGACUGCGGAGGACAAACACCCGGAGAGGAGGAUGAAGCUUGCAUUUUCGGCGUUUGAAGAGCGGGAGAUGCCGAGACUGAAGGCGGAAAACCCGACUCUCAGGAUGUCUCAGUUGAAGCAGCUGCUCAGAAAGGAGUGGAUGAAGUCACCAGAGAAUCCCAUGGUCCAGGACGUGGCACUGGUCCCGCUGGGCCUCCUGCUAUGGAGGGCGGUGAUAAAACCACUUGUGGACUGGUUCAAGGGCGCCAAAAAAGACAAGACACAGGAGGACGAUAAGGCCGGGGAGAAAACUCCACCACCGGACUCGUCAGAUACCACCACCACCGUCACUAGCAGCAAGGAGGUCGAUGACAAACAGAGCCUAAGGCUCCGGAAGAUUAAACUGCCCCGGAGGAAUCCAUUGCUCCCGCUACUGCUAGCCAGUGUGUUGACGUUUCCUGACAGUAGACCUCCCAUGUGUUAG